AACAUCAGUAUGAGACAGUAUCUGGUUUUGUAUGCGAAGUAUUUGGAUACAUCCCUAGCUGGGGCUGGUGAGAGCAUCAAAGUUGUCCUCAAAAGGGAUAAUCAAGAUGAUGAUGAUAAGCAUGAUGAAGAUGGAUCUGAUCAUCAAGAUUUGAUGGAAAGGCAUCAAAUAUAUAGACUUAAGAUAUUGGCUGCAAAUGCCCGAAAUGUUAGUGCUGUUCGUUCUGAGUAGAUAAACAACGGGGAAGCAAUGUCAGAGGCCAAAGAUGUAACUCGAUUGAUUCCCAAAAUCACGAAGAGGAAAGGGAACGGUGACAAAUUGGAUAACAUUACCUAUGAUGAGAAUGCAUUUCAGAAGAGAUAAGAGAAUUGCCUUUCUGAUAACUAUGUAGUUCUGAAGAUACAUAGGAUAAUGGCCAUUAGCUACAUUGCAUAUUCUGUUUUCUUUUUCUUUAGCUCCUUUUCCUUCUCGUAUUCUUAUUGCCCCGUGAAGAAGAAACGGAAGGAAACCAUAGGAUUACUAGGUAGACUAACAUUGUAAUACUUUUUCACAGAUGAAGCGAAGUAUCAACAUCUGAGAUAUCAUCAUGGUAAGUUGUGCAUAUGACAAUGUCUCUGGACCAUAAAUGCUCCAAUAGUGGAGACUGAAUGGCCUGAACCUGGGUAUUCCUGCUCUGCAUACUGGCUUCUCUUUCGAGGGUACACCGAAGAGGCAGCUGUGAAAGCAUGAGUUCAGGGUGGAAAAGCGAUCUAGAUGGCACUAAGAUAUAGCUGCAUUGAUCUACCUUGAUUCAGGCAACAUCCGUAAGAGCUCUUUCUCCUGCCUCAUCUCCUUGGCUCUCUCCAACUGUCUGAACCUUUCUUGCAGAAGAGCAAUGGAUGGAUGAAC